UGAUUUGCUACUUUUGACUUGCAGUCACUUGCAGUGGGCUUAUUCUCUUUCUACAUCGGCAGCUGAAGACGGUCACAACCCCACCAUCUCGUCCGUCUACUUCGUGCAGAGCUCCCAAAAUCACCUGUUCUCAUACUUGACAGUUCAAGAGACUGCGACCACGUAUCUCAGAGGCUGUUGUAGCUUCACUAUAGCUUCCUCAGCCUAGCCGACAUCAUGUCGUCGCACGUCGUGGUCAUCGCCACGGAUCUGCGGCGCACCACCAUCAAAGUCAGCCCCGGCACCUACUUGUCGGAUGUUCUAGCUGAAGCUUGUAAGAAGCUUGGCCUGGACGGCGACAAGUACUUGUUAAAACACAAGCAGAAACAGGUCGAUCUCUCCAUACCGUUCCGUACGUCUGGCCUCCUCGCCGGCGCCAAGCUAGAGCUUGUGCAAAAAUCCAAGACCCCAUCAGCCGUUCAAAUCGCCCUGCAGAUUCCCCAGCCAGAGGCCAAAGAGAUCCCUGGUGGCCGGCUGAUUAAGAAGUUUCCCUCCGACUUGUCAAUAUGGCAGGUGCUGCGACAGUUUGAAAGCGGCGAGGCGAGCGCGGGGAAGAACAUCAACAUUACGGCCAGAGGCGUGGCCCAGACGGCCAACAGCGAAAACUCUGGGGCCGGCCAGCUAUUUUAUGAGACGCCAGUCUUGAAUAUCAUGGGCCGCGAGCUUGGAUCGUUUGCCGAUUUCCAGAAGUCGUUGUCGCAGCUGGGACACAACUCUGGCAAUGUCCUUGUACGCCUAUCGUUUAGAAGGACUGAGCAAACACUGUAUGAGGCGAUGGAACAGAUUGGAGCCUUUUUCAAAGAAGAAGAAAGGGAGAAGCAAGAAGAGAAGGAAAAGGCGGCUCCAGGCGUCCCAGAAGACAAGCCUAAAGAUUCACUAACGGACGGAGACGUACCCAUGGCCGAAGCUCCAGCCGAGCCCAUCAACAAUACGGUCGAAGCGCAGACAGAGCCAGCUCCAGAAGAUACACACGACCCGGCAUCAUCAAUACAAGCCGAGACGAAGAACUCGGAUCCUCAGUCACGCCUCGAACCUGUCAAUGUCUUCCUCGCUCCUACAAACUCGACACCUGCUGCCGCUCUUGCGCCAUUCGACGAAAGUGAUGUCAUGCCCACUGUCGCGCAGGCUCAACUGCAUCAGGCCCGCCUGCUAGAAAACUCCAGGAACAAGAGACUGCUGUCUGAUAAAGAAAUUGAAGAAAAGGAGGCGGCUGAGCUGGCCAAGAUUGAUGCCGUCAAGUCUGUGCUCAUCAAGGUGCGGUUCCCAGACAAUACCAGCAGCGAUUGGCAAGUUGGCCCGUUAGAUACUGGCGCAUUCUUGUAUCAGGCAGUACGGCAUGUCAUGGCCAACAACGGCCAGUCAUUCCAUCUUGUCAUCCCGGGGAGCAAGAAGGUGAUCCAGGAUGACGACACCCCCAAGCACAACCUCAUCCGAGCGUAUAAGCUCUCGGGCAGAGUCCUUGUAAGCUUGGUGUGGAAUGACGACGUGCCAAAGGAGGCUCGGAAACAGCCCUUUCUCAAGGCCAACUUUGCCCAGCAGGGACAGACCAUCAAGGUGCCUGAGAUACCUAACGUGGAGGAUGAUAAAGCCGGCCCAUCAGCGGCACCGCAGGCUCACAAGGCUCCGGCGAAGGAUGGAGAUGGCUCUGGUAAGAAGAUGCCGAAAUGGCUGAAACUUGGGAAGAAAUAGAUCGCGAGAGCGAGUAAGUGAGCGAGCGGCUUAAAGUUUUUGGGUUCUCAUUCGUAUCCUAGGAGAAUUUGGAGUGGAUUGGCAUCGUGUACAUGUAAUGGCGUUUUUCUCAGCUUUGUUUGAUCAAUAUCGAAGAGGCACAAGCCAUGUUGAGUAUUGAAUACAGAUAGUACAAAUUUAGACAUAUUCAGGCAUUUCUACAACUACGGCGGUGUUGAAUGGGCGGGCAAUUGGUGAUCUCAAGAGGAGGGAAAAAAAGGUAUCUCAGUUGGAUCAAAAAAGACGGCAUAUCUUGGAGAAUGUAAAAUUCUGACGGAAUGUAAAAAACCCGCAGCUAUAUACCGUUGCUGCGCCGCCGCAUAAAAGCCCAAAUUGUGAAUCAAUCGAAAAUUCAUGACCCGCGCCGAAUCCAUGCGAAAAGUAAAAUAAAACCCGUGCUUUGAUUUCAGAAGAAAAAAAAAAUGGUAUUUUCAAUUCUUUUUUAUUUGCCAUUACCGAAAUUGUCCCUCUCUCUCCCAUUUUUGCCUCGAUUUUUUAUAGAUAUAAAAAUCGUUUAGUGAGCACGACGGGACUCGGCGAUGACGCGCUGGAGCUCAUCGACCUUUCUCUUGGCACGGCCAAAGGUACCGAGCCUCUUCUUGGCCAGCUUACGGGCACGCUUGUCCUUGCUGUUGCGGAGAAGUUCGAUGACACGGCGCUCAUAGGGAGCGAGGCCAACCUCCUUGACGACCUCACGCACAAAGGCGGUUCGCUUGCUCAGGUGUCCCUUGGUGCGGGAAACACGGGG